CAAAGUUGACUGGUAAAGCUCAGGUUCACCGUUAGCUUCGUUGUUAAGACUUUGUGUAUUUAUGUUAAAAUAAAAGCUGUCUGUGACCGAGUUAGUGUUAAGUGUAGAGUUUUAUUGUUGUUUAUGUAAUAUUAUAAACACAAGGUGUUAAGUGUAGACAGCAGGACAUUAUUCACAGCUCCAUGUCUCACAGCACUUAUAACAAACUCUGGACAGAAGCUCAUGAGGAACUCAGCGAUCUUCUCAGCCAGGAGCUUCCCUCCGAGCCCUUAGGUCCCGAGAAAGACCGCGUGGUGUUCUUCCAGCGCCUCACCAACCUGUACGUGCGCUACGUCCGGAUCUUCAGGCAGCUGGAGGAGGCCUACGAUCUGAUCGUCCACCCGCAGAAGAGGAGGCUGAUCCGUGAUGUACUGGAUGGCGUGAUAGGACGUGUGCUGGAGCUGAAGAACGAGAUGGUGGAGAAGGAGUACUCAGAGUACCAUUACAUGGAUGACGUCAUCCAGGAUAUGAAACUGACGCCUGAAGAUCUUGAGAUUCCAAUCCCAAAGUAUUUCAUUACCGAGCGGCGUAAAGCACUGCAGGAGCGAGCCGCGGUUCUCUCCAGCAUCCUGGACAAAAGUGGAAUGGUGGAGAAACCAAAACCUAUCGUCCCUCGUGUCCUGAGUCUGGAGGAAGCCAUCAGGAUCGUUCAGGUGGCAGAGAGGGCGAGGCAGGGUCGCCUGAGGACCAGUAUCAUGCGGGACAUACGGGAUAAUGAGAGACUGGCAAAAAAGGCUAAAGACAAGGAUUCGGGUGAAGCUAUAGAGCAACAGGCUGCUGUUCAUAUUCAGAAGGUGUGGAAAGGUUACGUACAGAGGAAGAGGACAAAGCAGGAGUGUGAAGAGGAGAUGAUUUUUCUGGGCAUGUCCAUGAAACCCGGUCUCACUCAGUCGCUCCCUGCUGUUGUCCAUGCUGAAGAAAAGAAAGCCAUGAGGAGGACCAGACAGGAGGAGCAUGAGGAGGAUUAUCAGAAAGCUCUGAUCUCCAUCUCUGAGACCCUGCGAGAGACCGAGGGUCCUGACAUGAAAGAAAUGUUGAAGGAUCAGAUCAGACAGUGGUUCAUCGAGUGCCAUGAUGCAACAGGUUCGUUUCCUGAAUAUCCGGAUGAGGAGGCCGGCGGCUCGGCUGUUAUUUUCGCUAAUAAAACACCUGAACAGCUGAUGGAAGAGCUGGAAGCUAAAGAAAAGGAGGAAGAAGACAAUAAGGUGAAAGAGAAGGAAGAGCAAAAAGGCAAAGGGAAAAAGGAGAAAGUGGACGCAGAAGAAGAGGAAAAGGAACCUGGACUGACGUUCCUGCCAUCUGCUUUCCUGCCUGAGCUUCAGAACGCUCACAAGACGUUUACAGAGGUCUGGCAAAACCGUGAUGAGUCCAAGAACUACAGCCAAAGACACGAAGCAGAGCUCAUUAAAGAGGGGAAGAGGAAAGAGAUCGAGGCAGAAAUACGAUUGCAGGUGGAUGAGCUGAUGAGGCAGGAGCUCGCUAGCUGGAGGUUAGCCAUGGAAGGAAGUAAAGGCAAGAAAUCCAAAGGAGGAAAGAAGAAGAAGGCCGCGAAGGGCGGGAAGAAGACAAAGAAAGAAAAAGACCUGACAGCUGAUAGGAGCCUGGAGUCUCUGUAUGAGGAGCUGGUGGUGGAGGGUCUGGUGAAACCGGCGGAGAACGUGAAACUACACGACUUCAUAGGAGGUUACAGCUUCCUCGGCACGACCCUGCGGCAGACCGACAUCGAGCCCAUGCCUUCAUUAUCUGACGUGCGGCAAGUUAUAGCUCUGUCUGCUGUCUUACCACUGGGUUCCCAGGUGAUCCAUGAGAAAGCCCCUCUAGUUAAGGCCAUGCUCCUGGUGGGGCCUUCAGGAGUGGGGAAGAAGAUGCUAGUCCAUGCUAUCUGUCAGGAGACCGGAGCUAACCUGUUCGACCUUUCACCUUUGAACCUGGUGGGGAAGUAUCCAGGCAAGAGUGGGCUCCAGAUGAUGCUGCACAUGGUGUUUAAGGUUGCCAGAUUAAUGCAGCCGUCUGUGAUAUGGAUCGGAGAUGCUGAGAAAAUGUUUUAUAAGAAAAUACCAAAGGAAGAGAAAGAUUUAGAUCCGAGGCGGCUAAAAAAAGAUCUGCCCAAAAUCCUUAAAUCGAUCAAAGGUGAAGAUCGUGUUCUUAUAAUCGGGACGACAAACAACCCGGUCAGUGCAGACCUGAAGUCUCUGUGUAGGCUUUACACAAAGAUCAUCCUCAUCCCCCGGCCGGACUACGCCUCCCGAUUCGUCAUGUGGAAGGAACUGAUCCGGCGGAACGGCGGCGUCAUGACCAGCGCGCUGGACCUCAGCUCCCUGGCUAAGAUCUCAGACGGAUACACGCAGGGUCACAUGGUGCGUGUAGUGAAGGGGAUCCUGACGGAGCGGCGCAUUCAACAGAUCGCUAAACGUCCGCUGACCGCCACCGAGUUCGUCUCGCCUCUGGCCACGAUCGACCCUGUGUUCCAGGAUGAAGAGGAAGCUCUCAAAAGUUGGUAUGCUAAGACUCCUCUGGGUAAGAAGAGAGAGGCAGCAGCUUUAGGGAUAGACGCAGAGGAAGAAGUAGCAGCUCAAGCAGGCAAAGACAACAAAAAGAAAGGGAAGAAGUAACUCAAACAUUGA